AUGGGCUCGAAAGCGAUCGAGACGGCGACCAGUCUUGAAAGGUUUCUGAAUAGACAUGUGUUGUUUGUUCAGGGCAUCGACCAAAAUGUCCCGAAAGCUGAGGUCUUGCAGGAUGCCAGAGCGGCUCUGGAUAAAUGGCGGUUCAGCUUGGAGCUCCGGGGCCGACCCCUGCGGAUGCAAUUCUCCUCGGAUCGGGAAUACAAGGAUGUCAUUCAGGGCCCCCUGGUGAAUCGUUUCAAGAUCUUGAUCAAGAACCUCCCGGAUGAUCUGCCGCCGGAGACUCUCUUUGAAAAGUUCUCCGAGUACGGCGAGAUCAUCCAGGUUCACACUGCCAGCGACCAUUACGGCCAACACUACGCCAUCAUUCAGUACGUGGACGUGGCCUCCGUCCAGGCGGCCAUUCGCAACGGAAAUCGGGAGAGAAUCUUGAACAACGUGCUGGCGGUGGAGCCGUACAGGCCGAACGCGCAACACGUGAUGCUUCCUCGGAUCGUCAACACCCAGGGGCUAUUGCCGCACAUGCAGGCUGCGCCGGCGGCGGCGGUGGCGGCGGCAGCGGCGGCUUCAGCAGCAGCGAACGGUGGCGUUGCCGCGUUGGCGCUGCGCAGCAGCGGCGGGAGCCUUCCUGGUACGACAUACGCUGCACUCCAGCAUCAGCAGGCGCUGGAGAUGGCAGAACAAGAGCGGAAUGCCCCGUACAUGGAAGAGUACGCUGACGACGGCUCGGUGGGGGUGCCGCCGCCGCCGCCAGCGGCGGCUUCGGCGUCACCCGGCGGGCCAGGGAGCGCCACCGCUGCCGCCGCUGCAACGGCCCCGGAUAGCGCAGUGGCAGACGUGGCGGCAAGCAUGGCCGUCGCGAGCUUCUUCGCUGCCACGACGGGCCCUAAACAUGUUUCCGCAGCCUCCGGUAGCUUGACGGACCUGCUGACGACUGCUUUGAAUCACGUACAGGCCUUGGAGGAACAGCUGUGCUGCCCCAUCACGCAGGAGCCUCUGGUGCAUCCGGUGGUCGCUGCGGACGGAAACACUUACGAACGACUUGCCAUUACCGCGUGGCUGGCAAAGAACGACACGUCUCCCUUGACUAACGAGGUGCUGCCGCACAAGGGGUUGACGCCCAACAACCUGGUACGGAAGCUGGUAGAGGAGAUCCAGGGAAUCAGGCACUCGUCACCGGAGGGCGCCGACAGGGAACACGGCAGGGAACACAUCGCUGCCACGAGUGACCAAACGUCGAUGGCAGGCAAUGCGGCAGCGGCGGCUCCGCCGCCGCCUCCGGCGGCGGCGGCGGCGGCAACGCCGGAGACGCCUGUUCCGUACGUGCCCGCGCCCGUCACGUUUGUGCACGUCCCACAACCGCAGCAGUUCCAAGUGCAGGAACAGAGUGCGCCGAGACGGUGUGCUUUGAUGCUCAGUCUGGGUCUGGGAGGUGAGGCGCCAGCCGUGGACUGGAACGCGCUGUCGUACGCGGUCAUGUUUCGAAUCGCAGAGCGACAAUUGGCGCUGGGUCUAUCGGUCGUGCUUGAUUGCCCCUUCGCCCGUCGAGAACUGUACGACCGCGCUUGCGAAGUCGCCGGCCGGGUGGUAGCCGCCAGUACGGCGGCGGCGGCUGCUGCGGCUGCGGCUGCGGCUGCGGCGGCAUCGCCAAACGGGCCUGAUGAUGCGGCAGUUAAAUUAGCGACGGCGGUGGGACAGUGGGCUCCGAACACGGUUCAGAUUUCAGCAACGAUGGCGGCGGAGGCGCCCGCGGUGACGCAGCUUUCCGCCGCGAUGGCGGCGCCGCCACCGCCAGCAGUUGAGCCGGCGGACGAAGAGAACGUAACGGCCGCUGCAGUGGCAGAAAAAACAAGUCGUCAAGCGACUCCUCCUCCUCCUCCUCCUCCUUCUCCUCCUCCUACGGCGACGGCGAUAGCGGCUGAGGAGGAGGCGGCGGAUACAUGCGCUCCGGCGCCCAAGGCCGUUGCAAUCGUGGUUGUGGUUGUGGAUGUUGAGUGUGGUGACGAGGCGCUGUGGCGUCGCCGCUUGGAGGGGCGAGGUGUCCGCGACCGGGGCACGGAACGAGAACACAAGCCGUGCAGCUGGGAGGAGCUUUACGAGAUUGUUCGCAGCUGGACAUGGAGCACCGAUGGAAGCGUGAUUCUUCCGCACCAUAUUCGCGUGUGUACGGCACGAAGCAGUACGGAGGAUUGCGUACGGCAGGUGCUGGAUUGCCUGGAGAUGCAACUGCGAGCCGACACGCCAGCGUCUCGCCACGCAGCGGAGCCAUCGAACCGGCAGAACCAGGAUUGA